AUGGUCCAGUCCGCCGCCGAAGUCGCGGCCAUGCUCGGGCUAGCCGAGGACGACCCCGUCGUCGUCGAGGCCCUGGAGGCGCAAGCGAUCGCGGACAAGGAAGAGCGCGCCAAACUACGCGUCGCGCGCACGCUCGGCGACCACCUCGAGUCGGGAGCGAAAGACCCGUUCGCAAAUCUCGAGGCCGGCUACGCGCCCCGCGGCGACGCCGCGCGGCGCCUCGGGCGGACGACGCCGGAGCCGAAGCCGGAGCACCUCGGAAAGGCGCCGAAGAAGCCCGCGCCGCAGCCGAAGAAGCCCGCGGCGAAGAAGAAGAAGAAGAAGCGCGACGACGACGUGGGCCCGCCGCCCGCCGCGCGGCCGAAGAAGAAGAAGAAGAAGCCCAGCGCGGCGCCGCCGCCGUCCGAGGACGAGUCCGAGGACGACGCGGCCGCGGCGCCGCCGGCGCGGAAGAGCGCGGCGUCGGCGAUGAGCUCGGCGUCGGCCGCGCUGCCGCCGACGGGCGGCGACUCGUCGAGCGACGACGAACCCGAGGCGCCGCCGCCGCCGCCGAAGCCCGCGCCCAAGGCCAAGCGGCGGCCGAAGAAGCCGCGCCAGAGCGAGGCCGAGGAGUGCGCCGACGACGGCUGGAAGAACUUCGCCCACGAGCUCCUGCCCAAGAUGAGCCUCACCGCGCUGAAAAAGAUGCUCGCGACGCUCAAGCCGCUCGCCAAGGACGCCUAUAAAGCCGCGAUGGCCGCGCGCGAAGGCAAGGACGCGGCGGCCGCGCAGAAGGUCGUGCGCGCGCUCUUCGAGCACAUCCCCCGCGACGCCAUCCUCGACGCGUACGCCGGCGCGACGAGGAAAUUCCAGUUGCCUAACUAG